GGCGCUGUGCCUGCUUUCAGUGGAAGUGGCUGUCGGCUAUAGUGUAACUCUUCUUGACCUCGAACACUCAACAUCAUGACUACAGUUUCUCCUUUCGCUCGCAGUAGCGUCUUCGAUGAGCCUCGCCUUGGUGGUCGAGAGCAGACUAUCGAGGAAAUGUAUAGUGUGCCAGAAAGCUUCUUGGAGAUUGAAGUUCGCAAUCCACAAACUCAUGGGUUUGGCCGAAAGAUGUACACCGAUUAUGAGAUCGUAUGCAAGACCAAUAUUCCCGCCUUCAAGCUUCGCCACUCCCUCGUCCGCCGACGUUACUCGGACUUCGAAGCAUUCCGUGAUAUCCUCGAACGUGAAUCUACACGCGUGAACAUUCCUCCGCUUCCAGGCAAAGUCUUCACCAACAGGUUCUCCGAUGAAGUCAUUGAGGGGCGAAGGGAAGGCUUGGAGAGAUUCUUGACUAUUGUUGCUGGACAUCCUUUGCUUCAGACUGGAAGCAAGGUGCUUUGUGCUUUCUUGCAGGAUCCUGCCUGGGACAAGUCUCAGUGGCAGUAAAUUCUCUUAAGUCACCCUCGAUACCGAACAGUUUCAUAUGAUCCAUGAAUCACGACGCUUUCCACCAUUCUCCUCUGUUGGUUGUCUUACACUUACCAUCCUCUCUAUGUUGUCUGUUUUCUUACGAUUCUGUGUAAUAUAUGGCGCCUUUCCUUUCUCUUCUUACUCAUGCGGUGUAGAAAACUAAAUUCAUGUGCACUCAAUGACAGGGCCAAUGGUAUCAAAUUAGUCUAAAUAACUAUGGGUUGCGUUC